AUGAUAUGGAUUAAAGCGGCUCGCUACUUUGGCCUCUUGAACGACCGCUGUUCUGAUGAUGCACCUGAGGUAACAACAUCAAAAUACGUUUUGCCGUGGGAAAUAAUGAAACUAGCUAUUCGUAGCGAGCUAGAUUUCCCCCUCGAUGGUGGACAAGCAGAGUUUUCCAUAGACGCAUUUGUCGUUCGUCACGACCCAAUCAGAAAAUUGCUUGUAUCUUAUAAAAUAUCCAAAGGAUCUGUGUGCAAUUUUUGA